CUCCGAAAUUCGCUGGGUCUGCUCGUUGCUCUCUGAGCUUGGUGUCUCCAUCCCAGAUAUACCUGUCAUCUACUGUGACAAUAUCGGUGCUACACACUUGGCUGCAAACCCGGUUUUCCACUCCAGAAUGAAACAUAUUGCGUUGGACUUUCACUUCAUUCAUGACAAUGUACAAUCUGGAGCUUUGCGUGUUACACACUUGUCUACCAGAGACCAGCUAGCCGAUGCCUUAACGAAGCCACUUACGAGCAUUCGGUUUACAGAGAUCAUGCACAAGAUUGGUGUUACUCAAGUACCUCCAUCUUGAGGGGGUGUAUAGGAGAUAAUAUGUAAUUAAGGUUAUAAGUGUCAUUAGCUCUAACCUAAGCUCUCUGUAAUAGCUAUAUAUAUUGUAACAUCUACAUCUAAUAAUACUCAUUCAGCCUACAUUCAUAUAGUUUACACACUGCUGCAUUAUUACUAGAUUACUACUUACUCUUCAUCAGAGUGAAUUAAACAGAAAUAACUGGAUUAAUACAAAAGCCUGGUUUAGUCUGCCGGAGAUCCUCAAACAGUGAAUAUUGUGCACGUCGUGACAACAAGAAAUAGAAUAUAACAACUCACGAAGUCUUCCUCGGAUUCAAGCAUAAAGCAGCAUAUUUCAUGAGCUUGGAAAUAAUAUAAUGAAAAACAGAAAGACUUCUUGUACAGUUGUACCUAACUUAUUAUAAGUACAAUCAUUAAUAUCCUGUUUCACUUUAUUAUGCUCUACCUACGAAGUCCAAAGAUUCCAUAAACAAAACCAAAUAAAAGUGAAGAGGGAUCAACUAUGAAUUCAGAAUCGCAGAUCAAGAAAAGGACGUUGCCACCAAGGGUGUUGUCGUCUCUUGAUGCAGCUAGAAUACAAUGGUACCACUUCAAAGCGAUCAUAAUAGCAGGAAUGGGACUAUUCACCGACGCUUACGACCUCUUCUGCAUCGCACCGAUCAUGAAAAUGAUUAGCCAUAUUUAUUACCACGGAGACUCCAUCACCACAGCCGUUCUCUCCCUUUCUUACGCCAUCGCUCUUCUCGGGACAGCAACGGGUCAACUCGUGUUCGGUUACCUCGGCGACCGAGUUGGUCGUCGCCGAGUCUACGAGCUUUGUCUGAUCAUCAUGAUCCUAAGCUCCUUUGGCUGUGGCUUUUCCGUGUGCACCAGUCGUAGGUCUUGCGUUAUGGUCAGUCUCGGUUUCUUUCGGUUUAUUCUCGGUUUGGGUAUCGGUGGUGAUUACCCGCUCUCGGCUACCAUCAUGUCGGAGUUUUCGAAUAAGAGAACACGUGGCGCCUUUAUAGCUGCCGUGUUCUCCAUGCAAGGGUUGGGGAUUCUUGUGAGCUCAGCCGUGACGAUGGCUGUUUGCGUGGCGUUUAAAAACUUUGGCAGCGGUUCGAAGGCUGAUGGGGAGGCUCCGGUUGAAGCUGACGUGGCGUGGAGGCUAAUCCUUAUGAUCGGUGCUCUUCCCGCUGCACUGACGUUGUACUGGCGAGUAUUGAUGCCUGAAACCGCGAGGUACACAGCACUUGUGGAACACAAUAUAGUCCAAGCAGCAAAAGACAUGCAAAAAGUCAUGUCAAUAUCUAAUAUCUCUGACGAAAUAACGACGGAGGCACCUUCUCCUUCACCACCGCCUACCUACAAGCUCUUCUCCAUUCGCUUCCUCCGCCUCCACGGCCGUGACCUCUUUGCCGCAUCCGCUAACUGGUUCCUAGUAGACGUCGUCUUCUACACAAGCAACUUCCUCCUCUCCCAUAUUUUCAGUAGCUACUCCCACAAACCUUCUUCUUCCGCCACCACAAACGUCUACGACGCAACCUUCGAAGUGGCUAAACUAGGAGCCAUCAUCGCCGCUUGCUCUACCAUUCCCGGUUACUGGUUCACAGUUUUCUUCAUCGACAAGGUAGGUCGUGUCAGGAUCCAGAUUAUGGGGUUUUUCUUCAUGGCCGUUAUUUUUUUGGCCGCGGGGAUUCCGUACACUUGGUAUUGGUCAAAGCAUGAGCAGACAGAGAAAGGCUUUAUGGUUCUUUACGGUUUCGUUUUCUUCUUUUGUAACUUUGGUCCCAACACUACAACUUUUAUCAUUCCCGCGGAGCUUUUCCCGGCUAGGUUUAGGUCGACUUGCCACGGGAUAUCUGGAGCCGCGGGUAAGCUUGGGGCUAUUGUGGGCACUGUUGGAUUCUUGUGGGCUACGAAGGAGGUAGAAGACGGCGAUGAUAUAAACCAGGUUUAUCCUGAUGCGAACCGAAUGAGAACUGCUUUCUUGAUUCUUGGUGGAGUUUGUAUUACUGGAAUGUUUGUGACGUAUUUCUUCACGAAGGAAACUAUGGGAAGAUCGUUAGAAGAGAAUGAGCACGAGCACGAACGAGAUAAGAAUGUUGAGGACGAAGAGAUUGGUGACGGGCAAUCCUUGGCAAGCACCUGAUGACCCUGCCAAGAUACCAAACUCAUGAAUCAGUUUACUUGACGAAAGGAAGCCAAAUGUAUAUUUCUUACCAAAUAAAACCGUUUAAUGUAAGCUUCCUCUGUGUGUACUUUCUACCCAUGCAACUGUUCAAUAUAGUCUUCUUUGUUUUUCAUCAGUUCAAUGGUCUCUGUUUCUCUUCAGUCAUCAUUUUAUAUUCAGUUCUUUAAAGGACAUCAUCAUUGGGUAGAAAAUUGAGUUUCUCAACCACGUUUUAAAUAUCAAAUAAUGUUGGCCAAUGAAAAAUGACAAAUAUUCGAAUAGUUUUUUUAAAUACUGAAAAGUUUUUCAACCAUAAAAUCUCUAUUCUUUUCUUUUUUCAUAUUUAUUUUAUUUUUGAGAGUAGAUGGUUUAACCUAAGUUUUGACUUCAUUGUUUGAAAGCUUAUUAUUGCCCCAUCAUUGUUACAACAUUUCAAUUCGCAAGUCAAAAGGAAAACACUUAAAUUAUAAUGUCAUGACAACGUUCAUAUCAAUAUGAAGAUAGAGAUCAUUCUCAGAAAAGAUAGAAUAAUUUUAUCAUUUAGUUUUGGUGGGCAAAGAAGCCAUCUUGUUGAUUCCACGGAGACCCUCUGGCUUCCCAGUGUUUACCCAACCGCAGCCACACCACGGUCCAAAUCGACCCCGCACCGUCCAUUAAAGACACCCUUCAUAUACCAAAACACAGUAACAUCUUGAGGACUAAGACCAUCCGCAACGGCGGUCCAAGAAGAGUCCUUAGGAGGUAAUCAUAUGAUUAAUGAAAUAUAAUAAUAAUAUUUUGGCUAACAUAACAACGGAUCAGUCCGUAAAUAAGGAUAUGAAGGACUUGAUCCUUAGUGCACGUGUCGGAGGAGGAUAGACUCGGUGAGCUAUUGUGUUUGGUUUUGCGGAAAAAAAAAAUUCAUUCGAGAUCGAAGGCGAGAAAAAAAAUCAGAGCUCGAGACGAAAAGGCGAUUUCGAUCAGUCGUUGAAGAAGGAGACGUCAGCAGAAGUUCACAGGUGAAAACCGAGAGGCCUACAAAUCUGGAUAAUCUCUUUCGCGUUCGGAAUGAUCUUCGUGAUAGGCAUAUGCAUGAACGAUUGAAAAAUGAUUUAAUCGAAAAUAUUUGAAACAAAUUUGGUGAUGAAAAUUAAUAAUUAGUGUAUCUUUAUAUUUAA